UUCUUAAUUUCCCUCAACCACAGAUACACCCUGAUGGGAAAUAUUGGCUUCCUCCUCCCUCUUAAGGUAUUUGUGGUGGUGGUGUGCAACUUUGUGACUACUUUGUCAGCGGAAUCACCCAGCACCACCACUGACCAAUUGGCUCUUCUUGCACUAAAAGCCCAUGUCACCAAUGACCCUCAAAACCUCUUGGCAACCAACUGGACUAGUGCAACGUCCGUUUGCAACUGGAUUGGUGUUACUUGCGGAUCCCAUCGUCAAACAGUCACCGCUCUUGAUCUUUCUCACAUGGGCCUUAUAGGCACCAUCCCACCUCACUUGGGGAAUCUAUCUUUUCUUUCUAAGCUUGACAUCCCACAUAAUCAUUUUCAUGGCUCAUUGCCCAUGGAGUUGGCUAAUUUGUCUCGGUUGAAAUAUAUAAACUUUGCUGGCAACAACUUCACUGGGGAAAUCCCAUCAUGGUUUGAUUCCUUCAUUCAACUUCAAAGCUUGUUUCUGUACCAUAACAACUUUUCUGGUAUUAUCCCAUCUUCAUUGGGCUCUUUGUCAAAUCUUGAGAAGUUGAUCUUGUAUGACAAUGAUUUGAAGGGGCAGAUUCCUAUAGCAUUUGGAAAUCUUUCCAACUUGAAAAGGUUAUAUUUGGAUAAUAAUCAGCUUUCAGGUCAAUUUCCAAUGGCUCUAUUCAAAUGCAAAGAGUUAGAAUUUUUAUCUUUAACUCACAAUGUCUUGGAGGGAAGUGUGCCUCAAGAAAUUGGGAAUUUGACUAGAUUAAGAAAUUUGUAUCUUGAUGGUAACAACCUAACAGGUCAAAUUCCAUUAGCUCUAUUCGAGUGCCGAGAGUUAGAAAUUUUAUUGUUAUCUAAUAAUGCCUUGGAGGGAAGCAUACCUCAAGAAAUCGGGAAUUUGACUAGAUUAAGAUUGUUGUACCUUGAUCAUAACAACUUAACAGGUAUAGUACCUCAAGAAAUUGCAAAUUUGACUAGAUUAAGCUAUUUGUAUCUCUUUGAAAACAUCCUAACAGGUCAACUUCCAUUAUCUCUAUUCAAGUGCCAACAGUUAGGAUAUUUAUCUUUAUCGCACAAUGCCUUGGAGGGAAGUGUGCCUCAAGAAAUUGAGAAUUUGACUAAAUUAAGCUACUUGUAUCUCUAUGAGAACAACCUAACAGGUGAAAUUCCAUCAACAAUCGCAAGCUUGCCUUUUCUUGAGUAUCUUGAUUUGAGCUUUAACAACUUAACAGGUCAACUUCCAGCUCUACCACUUUCAUUGCGCGGCGUAACUGUUGCACACAAUAAUUUAAUUGGAGAAAUCUCUUCAUCAGUUUGCAAUAUGAGUUCACUACAAUAUUAUCUCACGUUGGCAAAGAAUAAUUUUCAUGGAAUUAUUCCACAAUGUCUUGGAAACUUAAGCAACUCUGUUAAAUUUGUGGAUCUAAACAUGAAUAAAUUUCAUGGUAAAAUACCUGGAGAUUUUCAUAAAACUUGUUUGUUGAGAAGUUUUUCCAUCAAUCAUAACCAGCUAGAAGGGUCCUUACCACGCUCUUUGGUUAAUUGCUCAGAAUUAGAACUUUUAGAUGCAGGGAACAACAACUUAAAUGAUCCCUUUCCGAAUUGGUUAAGAAAUUUGGAUCUAAAAGUUCUUGUCUUGCGAGGUAAUGGAUUCUAUGGUCAACUUGAUGACUUUGAGGGUAGAUUUUCCUUCUCAAAUUUGCGAAUCAUUGAUCUCUCUCACAAUGACUUCAAUGGCCAUUUGCCAACGAAAUUUUUGGAAAAUCUACAUGGUAUGAGAAGUGGGAGUGAAAACAAAGGUGACUUAGAGUACAUGAUGUACAUUGGGACUGAUCAAGUUGAAUAUUUUUAUGAGUCUUUAGUUAUUACAACAAAAGGGUUGGAGAUGCGAUUUGAAAGAAUCUUAACCGCUUUGACGAUUAUUGACUUUUCAAAUAAUCGAUUCAACGGACAUAUUCCCGUAAUGCUUGGAGAACUUCAUACACUUAUUGCCCUUAAUCUCUCUCACAAUAGUUUAAUGGGUCCUAUCCCAUCAUUAUUAGGGAAUUUGUCAGCACUUGAAUCAUUGGAUCUCUCAUCAAACAAGCUUGAAGGAAAAAUUCCAGUAGAAUUAGUAAAUCUUAUAUUCUUAGAGGUAUUAAACCUUUCUUGGAAUAAUCUCACGGGACUCAUCCCUCAAGGCAAACAAUUAGACACUUUCACAAAUGAUUCCUACAUUGGAAACUUGGGUUUGUGUGGACUUCCUUUAUCAAAGGAAUGUAGUAAUCAGCGAAAUUUAGAACCACAACCAACAAAGUUUGAUGAAGAUGGUGAUGCUGUGAAUUGGAAAUUUUCUAUAUUGAUGGGGUAUGGAUGUGGGCUGGUUUGUGGAUUGAGCAUGGGAUACAUUGUGUUUGCAACUGGAAAACCAUGGUGGUUAGUUAGGAUCAUUGAGAGAGGUCAACAAAAAUAUGUUAUUAGGGGGAAAAUCCGAAGAAGUGGAGGAAGAAAAUAAUACAGCUAAUGCUCUUAGGUCGGGUAUGUGCCAACUUCCAUGGUUAAUUUCUUCCACAUACAAUUUGGCAAAAAAAGGAUCUUGACAAGAAAAG